AUGGCACCCAAGAUAUCAAUUGUAUUGGCACCUCCAUUAAAUGGACAAUUCUAUAGUUCUAAUGAUGAAAUCAAUGGCACCAUAACCUUAAACAUUGCCAAAUCUUUACCAGUGAAAAAAAUCACUGUAAUAAUGAGAGGCUACAUUGAGACCAUGACAAAAUUUGAUCAAGAAUAUAUGAUGACACCAAGUUUUCAAGAACAUCGUUCCUUCCACAUGCUAGUUGACAACGAAGUUCGUGUAUUCCCCCCUGAUAAUGUAUGGGAUGCAUUAGAAGGUUCGUCAAAACCAUUCAAGAUCAAACCGGGGGAAUAUUCGUAUCAUUUCAUUUUCCCCAAGAUGCCUAGGAAACCACGAUGUUUGAAAAACCAUAGACCAUCAGAUACCGUCUUCGUUAAAAGUAAUAAGAAUUUCAUGCCGCCUACUUUCAAUAUGGAUUGGAAAGAAUUCAAUAAGAUUGAUAACUUAGAUCUUUAUUAUUAUUCCAUGGGGAAGAUAUUAUAUAAUGUUCAAGUACAAAUUGAAUUAGGGAAGGCACCUAAUUGGUUUAGACCAUUUGAUAAAUUUUUAAGAGAGUAUCAUCCGUUUGAAUUCAUACCUGAUCCGAUCGUAUCUUCACCAUCGUCGUUAUUGUCUCCGCCCGUUACGUCAUCGUCCACUACAUCAUCUUCAUCGAAUUUACCAACGUUAAAUAGUACAAGCGGUGGAUAUGCCAAUGAAAAGAGAAAACAAGAAGUAUCGUCACCGUCACAAAGAACAGUACCGUCAUCUAUCGAUGUCACAUUAUCAGGAACUGAAGAUGGCAUGAGGACCAAUGUGGAUAAUGAUUUAAUAUUAUCCAUGUUAGGUCUUUCACUAACUAAUCAAACGCAUGAUGGGCGGAAACACGUAUAUAAAUCUACUUAUAAGAUUGGGUUACCUGAUGGAGAUAGUAAUUUAUGGGUUGAAGUACGAAGUAAUGAAAUUCAACAAGUGUAUAGGAAUGAUCCAUUGUUUAAAUCUGGUUGUAAUAAGUUUGAUAGUAUUUUUUUGAUGAUUAAGACACGGGAUGAUAAUGCUGUUAAUGUUAUUAAUUUUUUGAAGAAUGAUAAAAAUCCUGGUAAGAGGGGAGGGAUUAAACCUUUGAAAUUCCAAUUGAAUCUUUUGGAGGUAGUUACUUAUUUAUCACAAGGUGUUGGGAAUGAGAAUUUUUCAUCUUUAAGGUUGAUGGAGUUUGAUUUCACUAAUAAUAGUAAUACUGAAAAUACGAUAUUUGAUAUUAAUGAAAUGAGUUUUGUUAGUAAGGAGAAGAUUAGUAAAAGUAGUAAUAGUGCUUCUUAUUAUUAUACGUUUGAAUGUGAAUUAAAACUAAAAGAUAUACCAAGUUUACAAAGGUUAUAUUUCAAUGAAGAAGAUUAUAAACAUCGUGGGAAUAGGCUUUAUAGUUUUAAGACAUGUACUAUUAAGAGAGAAUUUUCAUUCCAAUUAUUAAUCGAUUGGGAAAUUAUUAGUAAUGGUGGUAUUAGUAGUAUUAGUAGUAGCAGUGAUAGCAAGACUGGUAGACAAUCUGAAGUGAUAAUAUCGCCGAUGCAAAUAUUUUGUCAAACAAGAAAUAAUAAUCGUGGUAGCAGAAUAAAUAGUGGUAGUAAUAAUGGUAAUGGUAUGUCUAUUGUUGAUAAUAUUUAUGGGGAAGUGGAGGCAUUACCUAGAUACGUUCCACCUCCAGGGUAUUCAGAGAGUCCGACUAGUCCUCCUCCUUCUAAGGGUACUAGUAAAAGUAUUUUUUCGAAGAAAGAAAGUCAAUCAAAGAGGACAUCAUGA